UAAAUUUUGUUGGGAUCCAUAUUAUAGUUCAGUUUAGUUCAGCUCACGAUACAACAGUACACGAACACAAAGGCUAAGCUAAGUAUUUUUGUGUGCGAGAACGCUAUGAGCAGCAACAUAAACUCGGUGUUCUACGCAGAGUCGUACCAUCCUAUUCAGGCUGGCAGCAUCGACGGCACCGACAUCCUCCCUCACGAUAACGCCGUUUACCGAGCUCUUCUCUGCUCUAAUGCUGCCCUCUAUGACCCUACGGGUGACCCCAAGAUCAUUGGUGAUCCUUACUGCACCGUUUUCGUCGGUCGCCUAUCCCACUUGACCACGGAACCCACUCUCCAUAAGGCUAUGAGCAAAUACGGCCGAGUCAAAAACUUGCGCUUAGUCCGCCAUAUCGUGACAGGGGCAUCACGGCGUUUUGCUUUUGUUGAAUUUGAAACUGAGAGAGAAAUGCGUCGUGCAUAUCAGGACGCUCACCAUGCAAUUAUUGAUGACGCUGAAACUAUUGUUGAUUAUAACAGGCAACAGUUGAUGCCUGGGUGGAUUCCUAGAAGAUUAGGAGGGGGUCUUGGUGGUAGAAAAGAGUCGGGACAGCUUCGUUUUGGGGGACGAGAAAGACCAUUUAGAGCUCCCUUGCAGCCGAUUCCUUAUGAAGAUUUGAAAAAACUUGGAAUAACUCCUCCACCUGAAGGAAGAUACAUGUCUCGUUUCCAGGUCCCAUCACCCCCUCGAAAACCAAGGAAGUUGGUGGAGAAGGAAGAAUACUCUUACAAGAGGAGCUCUGUGGACAGAGAAGAAUUAUCCCAAAGAAGUAGCUCGAUGGAGAGGGAUGAACACAGAAGGACAGUGGGGAGAAAGCAAGGCUCCAGAAAAAGGAGUUAUGUGGAGGAAGAAUCCCAAUAUGGGAAAAGCUCUGAGGAUAGGCCUGAGUGUUCUCCAAACACAACUUCUAUAGAGACGGAUCAUAACUAUAAGAGGAGUACUCUGGACAGAGAGGAGCACUAUCAUUCCAGGAGCAAUGCAGAGGGGGGAGAAAUCUCUCGGAAAAGGAGCUCUAGGUAUAAGGAAGAACGCCCUAGCAAGCGCCAUAGACAUUAUAGCCGGUCCAAUCAUUAAGCAAGGUCGGUCCCUUUGCAGAUCAGCUGCUUUGUCCAGUCAACAAGAGAUAGGUCUUUACUAACAUAAAGCGCUGAUGAAGAUUUGUUUUUAUUGUUUUCUAAUCAAUAGCUCUAGAAAUAUGGGAGCUUGGUGUGGCUGAAGAAAAGUUUCUUGUAUUAAGAUAGUUGCAGCAGCAUUUAGGUCACCAAUCUCUUGGUUAAAACGUGGUGUUGUAAUUGAAUUUCAAUGGAUGCCAGGGGAAAUGCAUUCCCCUUGUUAUUGAUGCAUUUAGUUUCAUUGUUGACGUCA